AUGGACUGUGGAAGCGCUGCAACGGCUGCGGGGAUCGACCCCAAAAUUCUCGAUAAUUGGCAAACCGACGGUGCCUUUUCUGUCGCCUCGUGGGAACACCUUGGAUACGAUCAACCUCCCGAAUGGGAUACCAGCCAGGAAUCAAGCCAGUGCGCCGAUGUCGCCGACCUAGGCGCUUUUCACGACCCCCCUCACGGGUGCGCAUCCAUCCUCAUCCGAGUCAUCGCCGCGGAGGUGAAUCACGAUGUAACGGAGAACUUCAACUACACCGAUGGCGUUGUCGAGGGUACUGGUAGCGGCACUAUCAGCCCUCGCACGCUGCCCUCGUCGGCCGACGACAACUUCCACGCCGAGGAAACGUGGCCGCACUUCCAACUGUUCAACUCGGUCGCAGCCGGCGUGAACCUCGAACACCCGAUGCUCUUCCCGUAUGGCAAAGCCCCGAACAACUCGACCGGCGCCGUGAUCGUGGAGGACGUGGGAGAAAUGCCCCAGGGUCAAGGAUUUUCGGAUGCUUCGGCCGAGGCCAUCAUGUUCCAGCAGAUCCCGCCAUCGUUCCCCAUGAUGGCAGAUCAGUGGCCCGAGGUCCCCCAUGGAAUUUCCUUGGAGAACAUCCCCGGACAAGGACCCAUUCCGCUGGCGAUCAACCAGAGUAACGCCAAGAGCCAUAGUUUGCGCGACUUCCAACCAUCCAUUCGAUCGCUCGAGUCCCGAUGGCUGAACAGUCUGGAGUCGCAACUCCCCGUGUCGCAGAUGACUCCGGCGGCUCUCCACACUGCUCAGAAGAACGGGCAGACCGCGCAAGACGGAUUCCAGUACAAGUCAGAGAGCUCUUCAGUUUCAGGCGACCUUUCUGGAAUCUAUGAGUGCUCAUACUCUGUCACCAGUGAGGAUGUUCCGGCGUUUGCGGAUCGCCAAUUGGAAGAUGAUGCUCAGUGGAAGAUUCCCACUCCCGAUGCGAGCUCCCCGGAGAGUGCGCAGUCGAUGGCCAAGGCUACUGCAUUCAUGGUCAGCGAGACCCUUCCCGAAUCUCUCAUCAGCACCAUCCCCUCGCGAUCCCGGGCCUCCUCAUCGGCUGGUCAGCGCCCAUCGGGCCGCCCCAUGGCUCUUGCCAUGCAGUCUGUGGCUACUGUGCGGAAGCGCAAAAACCGCUCUGCAGGGUCCUCCAUGGACCAGGCUCUGCCAAAGCCUUUGCAGAUCGUCCAGGAGGAUGGACAGGGUGGAUCUAUCGCGUCUGCCGAUUUCGUUUCUCCUCCACGAGGCGCUCGCCGUAAGGGUCCUUUGAGCAUGGUCGGGCGCGCCAAUGCCGGCCUGCGCCGUAAGAACAAGGACACCUGUGUCCAGUGCCGGUUGAAUAAGCGCAAGUGUGAUGGAAGCUCACCAUGCGAUGCCUGCCGACCCACCCUCAACGAGCAACCCUGCGCCCGUGCCUGCUUCUCCAGCAUCGUAGAGUUUGGAACUUGCAACUAUAUCUCUCAACGAGCUGUCAACCACCCAACGGUGGAUGGCGCUAGCAGAGUUCGGAUGGAAAUCCCAUCAGAGUUCGAUUUGAGUCAACUUUUGUCGUUCCUCAACGAACGCCAGGGACGGUUCAACAUUCGUGCCAGCCAGGGCUGGGGCUCUUUGUACAUUCUCGACCUCGGCGAGACCUACAAGUUCCUCAAAGGCCUGAGCGAGUACAAUGGCAACUCGAAGUCGACUUUCCUCGAUUUCAUUGACCGUCGUAUCGUUGAGUCCAAGGACAAGUCUAAGAAUUGGUUGUCCUGUGUCAAGGACUGUGACCCGAUGACCCAAGCCUACACUCUGCUCUCGCGUUGGAACAACAUGCCUUCCCGCGCCAAGUACACAUUCGUCCCUCUCGACGGCAAUGGCGAGGAACGCCCCAUGGACAUCAACAAUCCGGAAGAGCGACGCGACAUUUUGUUGGCCGCACAACUCUCCCGCAUUGUCUGCCGCAUGCUCGAAGUGGAGGGUUUCCGCAAACUCGAGCGCGACUUCUAUAACAUCAAGUGGAAGCAGAUCUCGCACGAGACCCACAUUCGCUUCCUGGGCGAACUGGGCCAGAUCCUCCUCACACUGCGGUGGCGUGUGUCCUGGUGGAAGCGUCUGGGUGACGGUGGUCAAGCCCCCGACCCAUCGCAGCAGCACUACAUCGACCGUGUCGACCUCCUGUGUCGCAUCCUGUACGUUUACUACACCUGCGUACUGGCAAAGCUGCCAUCCUGGUCGACCGCCGAUGUGCCCAAGGGAAUCUGGUCCACCUACGCGGACUCGGAGAACGCAGUUUGGGAUGAUUUCCCAUCCGAUGCUUCCGAUGCAGGAUUCCAGUCUUGGCUGCAGCGUGGCCAGGAGCUGAUUGAGCAGGCCGGCGUUCCGGCUAAGGUCUCCAAACACUAA